AUGCGCGCCAGGCUGUUCCCCGCCGGUGCCGCCGGCGUGGCCCCAAUGGCCCUCGGCAGCGUCGCCGCCAGCCGCAACCUCUCCCUCUGGGGCUGGGGCAGCAGCAAGGCCAGCGAGCAGGCCGCCGAGGAGGCUCGUCAGGCAGCGGCCGCCGCGCAGGAGCAGCAGGCCGCAGCCUCGAGCGCCACGGACGCCGCGACCGACAACAUAUCCGCCGCCGCGCCGCCGCCGCUCGCCGGGAGCGACCUGAGCGACUUUGGCGGCGCUGCCGCCGACGGCGGCCUGAGUGCUACGGACAUCCUCGACCUGUCGCCGGACGAGCCGGGCUACCUCAAUGCGCUGGGCCUGGACAACGGCUGGGGCCCGACGUCCGUGAUGCAGUGGGUGCUCGAGAACAUCCACCUGGAGACGGGCUGGGGCUGGGGCGCAAGCAUCGUGGCGUCGGCCUUUGUGCUGCGCGCCGCGAUGUUGGUGCCGCACAUCCUGCAGAUGCGCAACGGCGGCCGCAUGGCGUACAUGCAGGCGGACCCGCGCGCGGGCGAGAUGAGCCGCCUGACCAAAGAAGCGCUUGCCGCGGGCGUCGACGGCAUGGAGAAGCGCCAGCAGGCCAAGCUCAUCGGCGACCUGCUCAAGAAGGAGUACGGCGUCAACCACAUGACCAUGCUCGGGCUCCUCAUACAGUUCCCCUUCACCAUCGGCCUCUUCAAGCUCGUCCGCCAGAUGGGCAACCUGCCCGUGCCCGGCAUGGAGUCGGCCGGCUUCCUGUGGUUCACCGACCUGACCGCCCGCGACCCCCUGUUCAUCCUGCCCGCGCUCGCGGCGGGCGUCAUGGUUCUUUCGCUACAGCUUGGCCAAAAAUACAUGGCCGAUGCGCAGCGGAAGAUGAUGAAGCCCAUGAUGUGGGUGAUGGGAAGCAUCGGUUUCGUCGCCACCACCUUCCUCGCCGCCGGCGUCAACCUCAUGGGCAUCGCCUUCGCCAGCGCCACCCUCUUCACCUCCCUCAUCCUCGAGAUUCCCUUCCUGCGCCGCAAGUUCGGCCUCCUCAUGGGCCCGCCCCCCAACCCCGCCUCGGCGACCACCCCCUCCGCCGCCGCCGCCGCAUCAUCCUCGUCUAUUCCCGCCCACAUCCCCAAGGGCAUCCGCUACGAGGCGCCGCGCGGCGCGGCGCCCCCUACGCGCACGACCGCCGAGGAGGUCGUCAAGCCGCUGAGCUUCACCGAGCGCGUCAACAGCAGCCUCAACGACGCCAAGCAGGGCAUGUCGCAGCAGCUCGGCAGCUUCGGCGGCCGCUUCGCGGCCACGGACGCGGAGAAGGCGGAGCGCGACCGCAAGGAGCUCAUGAAGAAGCUCGAGGACAAGCGUCAGCAGCAGGAGCGCGACGAGUUCAGCCGGAAAUACAAGGGCAAAAAGUAA